UCCCAGCCAGCCGAGCUAGCCGAGCACCUCGCCCUCGUCCCCUCGUGCGGGGAACCCACCCCCGCUUUUAAAACCGGAGGCUCCCUCCACGCUCGAGCGAGGCCGAGCUGCAAAGAAAACCCCGAAGCAGAGAGAGGAGCGCAUCGCACGGGCAAGCGGCGGCAACGAGUACGCGGCGAGUCCCGGCCCAAUCUGUCCUAUCCAGGGUUCCUGGAGUGGGUUCGGUGCACAAUCCAGGAGCUUGUUCUUCGCCUCCCCUGUUCUUUGGUGGAUCGGAGCGGAUAGAGGAGGGAUGGACGCGAAUUUCGGUCCACAGGAGCGGAUUCUGUGGCCGGCGUCGGUUCUUGCCGGCAUCGUCAUGUGCGGCGCUGUAUAUGAGAUGACCCGCAAGGUUAGCUCUCGGUGCUUCAAAGGCUACAGUAGGUUAAGUCACAUGCAAAAGGUUGAGUGGAACAAUAGGGGUUUCUCUACGUUCCAUGCAUUGGUUGCUGCUGCCAUUUCUUUUUACUUGGUCAUGGUCUCUGAUCUCUUUAAUGAAGAUGUCAAUAAUGGCAUAAUAAUUGAUAGAAAAUCAUGGUUAUCUGAUGCCAUGUUUGGGGUCUCAAUUGGUUACUUUUUGACAGACUUGACGAUGAUCCUAUGGUAUUUUCCUUCUUUAGGUGGAAAGGAGUAUCUCUUGCAUCAUGGACUUUCCAUGUAUGCAAUUGGUCUUGCUUUGUUGAGUGGCAAAGCACACAUGUACAUACUCAUGGUCCUCUUCACCGAAGUCACCACUCCAUUUGUGAAUCUCAGAUGGUAUCUGGAUGUUGCUGGCCAGAAGACUUGUAACCUUUACUUAUACAACGGCGUGACUCUAUUUGUUGGAUGGCUGGUUGCUCGGAUAAUAUUAUUCGUGUAUCUGUUCACCCAUAUGUAUUUGCACUACGAUCAGGCGAGAUCCAUCUUCACCUUAGGAUUCUACAGCUUGGUGGCAGUGCCAUCGACGGUAUCAGUGAUGAACGUGUUUUGGUUCUGGAAGAUACUCAAGGGAAUGGUGAAAACCAUGUCCAGGAGGAGGAAGCACAGUGAAAACGGGAAAACAGAUUAGAAGGAAGCAUCUUCUAACUUUAUUCGUAUAAAUUAUCUCUCUCUCUCUAGAUCUACAGUUAAUUCUUCUCUGUACUUACACAAGGGUACUUGUGGUCACUAUUAUUUCACAGCUGUAAUUAUUUUGCGGUAAGUGAUUAGCUUGUAUUCAAAGUCUGCAUCCUGCAACUCUGAAUUCUUGCAACAAUUCCAUGCUCAUCACCACAUGGACUAGUGUAUACGAAGUAGUAUUAUUUUGGCCA